CGUCGGCGCGGUUGGUGGCUUCAAUUGCAGUCAAAAUGUGUCGAUUUUUAUUUUUAUUUAUAGUGCUCGUGGUAGCCAUUGGCUCACAACAGUUUUUUGUAGCAGGUGAAGAGUACAAUGUUGUGUACGGAUACGAAUGUCGGCAGAGUAAAUGUGUUAAAGUUGAGCUUACGGCGAAGACCAUAGAGAAUGCUAUUAGUUUAUCGGUGUGCCGUUUACUCUGUGGAGACACGAAGGUGGGAACCGUGUGGCCAAAGCCUACUGGUGCAGUACGCGCGGGGAAUUUCAUACAACAAGUGAACAUAAAUCAAAUUACAUUUGUGUUUCCGAAACUUACCAAGCAACAACCACUAUGGGAAGCGUGCAAGGAGCGAUUCUUACAGCAAGUAAAGAAUCUCACGCCCGACAUUAGUGUUGUUAAGGGCGGUGGCUCCAAUUUCGUAGUUGCUGUACAGUUAGAUACAGAAAUCGACGAGCUUCCCCGUCUAGUGCUUGACACUGACGAAAGCUACAAACUAUCCGUAACCACAACGCCAGAAAACGGCACAGUAGCUAAGAUUUCGGGAAAAUCGUAUUUCGGAGCAAGACAUGGCCUGGAAACUCUUUCUCAGUUAAUUGUUUAUGACGAUAUUCGUCGAGAAUAUCAACUAUUGACUGAUGUGGAAAUUGAAGAUGCCCCAGUGUAUAAAUGGCGGGGAAUACUACUUGAUACAUCCAGGCAUUUUUACUCAGUGAAUUCGAUUAAACGUACUCUGGAUGCCCUAGCGAUGGUUAAACUAAAUACCUUUCAUUGGCACAUCACGGACUCUCAAAGUUUUCCAUUAGAAAUCAAAGCUCACCCGGAAUUUCAUAAACUUGGAGCUUAUUCGCCAAAUAAGAUUUAUACACAUGAAAACAUAUCUGAAAUCGUACUGUAUGGACUUAUUCGCGGCAUCAGAGUCAUCCCGGAAUUUGAUGCACCAGCUCAUGUAAGUGAAGGUUGGCAGCAUAAGGGUAUGGUUGCCUGUGCAAAUUAUCAACCUUGGAAAAAGUAUUGUGGUGAACCACCGUGCGGGCAACUUGACCCAACUGUAGAAGAAUUAUAUCCGAUUCUCGAAGAUAUCUAUCGAGAGAUAUUUGAACUGUUUUCUCCGGAAGUCUUUCAUAUGGGAGGCGAUGAAGUGCUGUCGAAAUGUUGGAACUCAAGCGAAGUUAUACGCAAUUGGAUGCAGUUAAAAGGAUGGAAUUUAGAAGAAGACGAUUUCCACCGACUCUGGGGACAUUUUCAGGCAAAGGCACUCGAGAGAGUGGACAAUGUUGCCAACAACGCCAAACCACUAAUUAUUCUGUGGACCAGUAGCCUUACAAAAGAGCCAUAUAUUGAUGAGUACUUGGACAAUACCAGAUAUAUUAUACAAAUUUGGACACGUGGCACAAGUGUUGAAAUUAAACCAAUCUUGCAGCGGGGCUAUCGUGUAAUUAUAUCUAACAGUGACGCUUUAUAUUUCGAUUGUGGUGGCCCUAGUUGGGUAGGAAGUGGAAAUAAUUGGUGCUCACCGUAUAUUGGGUGGCAAAAAGUGUACGAAAAUAAUUUGGACAAUAUUGCUGGGGAAUAUAAAUCCCAGGUUUUAGGCGGUGAGGCGGCUAUUUGGUCUGAACAAAUCGAUGAGCUUACAUUAGAUUAUCGGUUAUGGCCACGUUCAAGCGCAUUGGCAGAGCGACUGUGGUCCAACCCCGCUAGUGGUUGGCGGGACGCCGAGUCUCGAAUAUUGAACCAUCGUGAGCGACUAGUUGCAAAUGGUAUCCAUGCAGAAGCACUCCAACCGGAAUGGUGUUUACAAAAUGAAAAUGAAUGUCCUGUGAAUUCGAAUUAAAUUAAAAAUAGUUCAAA